AUGGCCGUUCAAGGGGUCACGAUAAGUGGUUUUAUGUGGUCUCCAAGUUCCGCGAGUCUAGCAGCAGGCCACAUUGCCCUCGAGAACCCAAAGCCGUACAAGCUUGUUGCCGACGGUGCCACAAACCCGCUAUUGUCGUCAGGAGCAGAUUUCCCAUGUAGAAUCCCUCCGGGUAAGUCAUAUAUCAUUGACGGUGAGCCGACCGAGAUGGUCAUCGGCGAAGACCAAACCCUCUCCUUUUCCGGCCAUGCAGUGCAUAGUGGAGGCUCCUGCCAGCUCGCGCUCAGCCGCGGAUUCCCGACGAAAGAUUCACCCUGGAAGGUCAUCCACUCGAUCGAAGGCGGCUGCCCCGCACGAAACGUCAAGGGUAAUCUCGAUGGCGAAGAUCAAGACAAGUACAUUUUCCAAAUUCCCGAGGGAAUUGAACCUGGUACCAACUGGACACUAUCAUGGACCUGGAAUAAUGCUGGUGGAUCUGCCGAGAUGUAUAUGGCAUGCAGUCCGAUCACCAUCCUUCCUAGCAAGAAGAAGCGCAUGAGUCUGCCAGAGCGUCGGGAUGCUUUGGCAAAACGGGAGACUAAUUUCCCCGAGCUCUUCGUGGCGAAUCUGGGCGAGUUCAGCAAUGGCUGUUCCACUUCGGAGGCCGUGAAGGACAUAAUCGCCAUCGCUUACCCUGAUCCUGGAUCAUCCGUGGAGCGUCCUAACGGUGACAACCUUUUCAAGAUGACGUGCAAUGGCAACCCUCGUGCUAAGGGUGCCCCUGCUGCUGGCGCUGGUGGCGACGGCAGCGCUGAGACAGAGACGCCUAAGUCGAGCUCGUCAUCCUCAGCCUCAAGCUCUACCGUCCCAUCAAGCUCCGCAUCCAAGAGCCCGGUAUCAUGCCCCCCACUCACGCCCCCUAGCUCAACAGCAGCGGCGACGACAACAACGGGACAAGCAUCUACCACUGGCUCACUUAUCCCCAUAACCUCGUCUUUCUCCGUCUCUCCCUCCCCAGGAACAUCUGCUAUGCCCAGUAGCGAGAGUCACAACGAUGAAUCCUCCUCCGCUACAACACUGUUUCCCAUCCCUUCUGCAUCAACAUCAAUCAUGCCCAGCGCUAGUCAAGACUCGUCCCUUCCUUCUGAAGGCAGCAAGUGUGUCGAGGGCCACCUAACGUGCUUGGACAACGGCCUGUUCUUCGCGACAUGCACCGGUGGACAGCUUACCGCGCACCAGCCCAUCGCGCCGGGGUACAAGUGCGAACCUGGUUCCGGCGUUGGGCUUGAGAUCGCGCCUAUGUAA